UAAUUCCUCCUGAAAUCACUUUUUUUUUUUUUAAUGUUCGCAUAACGGUUGUGUGGUUGCCUGGUGACGUCAGCGUCCCAGCAGCUUUUUUUUUUUUUUUUUUUUUCGCUGCGGACGCAAAUCAAACAGGAUGCUUCUCACUGCGAGUACCGACCCCUGCAAACACCGUUCAAACUUUGUGCCCGGUACACCCGACCGAAUGUGAGACAGUGUACCGGACUAUGUUGCGGAGAGCGGCGGUGCUAAAGAGAGCCGACGAUGAAAACGUGGACUCCGGAGCUGAAACUGCCGAAUCGGACUGCAGCAGGAUGUCAUCGUCCGGCAUUGAGCUCAUGACCAGGCGGGUCAGGCAGCGGCAGCAGCAGCAGCUCCUGCUGAUGAACUUGCAUCUGCUUGCCAACCCUGGAGACUCACUGCUGUUGCAGCACACCUUAGAUCGCCUGCUGCGCUGGCUAUGCCCAAGCCUCCGCAUCUUUCAUGUGUCUGAGAGAGCCUCUCCAUUCAGAAGUUACACCCGCCUCUGUCCUGUGGCAGGCUACCCUUCUGUGGCCAUCACUUUCUUUCUUCAUGAGGCCUAUGGAGAAGAACGAAUCCUCAAAGUGCUAGACUUCUUUCAGCGGCCGCCCUGGCAGUACCAUCACACCGAGAGCUCCGGCAACCGAACUGGAGGGAUCCACAUUUCUUCCAGCAGCUCACCAUCCAAUGCCCUGCUACGACCCUACCUCCUACCCAGUCGAGACUUCUAUAGCCUGGGUGCAGGGAUGCCUGUGUGGGGGGUACGACCAGUGCACUGUGGAGGAGAGGUCCUACGGGUGACACUGUACAGUGGAUAUGACAACUAUGAGGAUGCUGUGAGGCUCUAUGAGACAGUGCUGCAACGGCAGGCAGAGGAGCAGAAGACGGGCUUCUGCUGGUUCACUCUCCACACAGAGCCAGGACUGUGCCUUCAGCUGGCUUUAAAGCAGUUGUCACCAGGAGUUCGGGUGGAGCCCUGCAACUCUGCCGUGCUGCAGUUUAGCGUGGAAGAAAUUGGCCAGCUGGUCCCCCUGCUUCCUAACCCCUGUACCCCCAUCAGCACUACACGCUGGCAGACAGAAGACCUGGAUGGCAACAAGGUUCUCUUCCAGGUGAAAACCCCGGCUCAACCUCAGCAACCUCUGACCUGUGCUUUCCCCCUGACCUGCCCGAGCGUGUCCCCUCGAGGAAUUCAGCUCCGGAGCUCGGGGCAGAGCCACAGCCUGUCGCCCUGCAGCCUCACAACUCCCCUGUCCUGGCAAACACACAGGCAAGGCCACAGACCACGCAGUGACCCUGUCCUGGAGAAGCUUCAUGGAGGAGGCGGUGGAGCAGAGAGCCUGGGAUCAGGAAGCUGCUGCAGCACCCCUCCUGGCAGCUCCUGUUACUCAUCUCAGCGCAGCAGCCCUGCUCUCCUUUCAACUUCCAAUCACCCCGACUCUCCUCUGCGCCCAUCCGUCACCCGUUCUCUCUCCCAUCUCCUUUUGGAAGAGGACGAGGAGGAGCCGGAGACGAAUGUGGACACAGGAGUCGCCGUCUCUCCUCGCUCAGACACCGCAGUCAAAACAAUUCCUCGCUCAUCCUCCAUGGACCUUUUGACAAGUUUCCACUCUGAGAGACCUCCAGCAGUUGGGGCUUCAGCUGUCGAGGGACUGGCCAAGGAGUUGAGAGAAUGUCUGCCACCGACACACAUACGCCUGCAGGGCCCCUCUGGGACGUGGGGCUCUGGUGGUUGUACAGAUGCAGCCAGGGAGGGCUGUGGCAUCAGGACCAUGUCCUCAGGACCCUUGGUCGAGAACAGGACUAGAGCUGAGCCACUGUCAGCACGCACAAACAUUAGGGAGCCAGUCGAUGAGUUCUUCAUCUAAAUUUCCGCCACUAUGACUCAAGCUGUGGUAAUAGUCACUGCACAGUUAAAAAUAUUAUCUCAAACUCCAACAGAGGUUGGACAAGAUGAGAAACCUUUUAAAAAGGAUCUGAAUUUAUGCAGGAGAGAGCUGUGUAGUCUGACAAAUGAGGGACACUCUGGAAUAUAACGGAAACCAAAGUACUGCAGCUGGUGACACAUUUUCCAACCAGAGGUGUCAGAAUUCUUCAACUGGUUUGACUUUUCACAUAAAUUUCCACAAUGUACAAUACAAUACAAUGUACAAUAGUUUAAUUGUCCAGAGAUCUGCCAAGUGAGUGAUACACGAUGAGUGAUUUUUAAAGCAGCGCAGAUAAUGUUGUUGAAUGUUUAAAUUACUUUUAUAUUUAGAUCCAGCUAAUCAGCUGUGCAGCUCUUGUACUAAAAAACAACAGUAGGCCAGUAAAUAGCAAGCAAAGUUUUGUAUUCAAGUGGUACUGAUGGCAGACUUGGUUUUUUGUUGCAUCACUCAGCUAGGUGAGCUGACGUCUUAUUUUUCAAUUGCUUGUGAAAACAGAUGAAGAUGAUCUCACAGUUUGAAGCCGUCCUUUGAUGUUGCUCUUGAUUUGGUCUGAUUGCUCUCCACAGUGCAGCACUAGUAGUCUGUGUUACAGGUCUGAAGCCCGGCUUUACUCACUAAAAGUUGAACCUUGUGGAUUUUAAUUAUGCACUUCAAGUCAUUGUUGCUCAAGUAUUUGUGUUGUAAAAUGUGUAAGUUGUGGACUAAACCUGGCCAAAUUACUGGACUGAAGGGGACUGAAUUUUCUCUUAGAAUUAAUUUUUUCCUUAGAUAGCCAGAUAAUAUUGUUUUUUAACCAUACACCCUAAAUGCAUAAUGACCUGAGACCUCUGAAAUGUUAAUUGCUGUAAGGCCACAGUAAGCUGAGGGAUCAGCAGGCAGAUUAACUUAAGUGAAAACUUAGCAAGCACAUUAUGGAUUGGACAGAUCACUCAAACAGAUGGUGGUCUCACACACAGUUUGAGACAAAAGAUAUUGUAUUGUUUUAUAUAUGUAUGACUCACAUCAGACCGGGUUCUUUUUUUUCUUGUUUUUUUUACUGUCACUUGUGAUCAAGGACAUGCUAAAUUGGAUCGCAAAUUAACCUGAACCUGGUAUUCACUUGUGCAUUAUGAAGUCAGUGCUUGUUAAAAUGAGUUUAAUUUAAGGUUUAGAGCUGCUCAGUGUUCAGUGUGGGUCAGCAGGGCAGCUUGAAGAAGUCAAAAUGUUUAACUGUUUAUUGUAAAUGGGUGUUACUGGGGGGAAAAAGCAAGUAUGCUCGGUGAGGAAGCAUGAAAUGUGAGGCUUCUUAGUGUCUGAAAUGUUCAGUGAUGCAGGGUUAGUACUGAAAGAUAAAUGAAUAAAACAGCUGUAUCAGA